GGCGCUCGUACUGUGAUGGGGGAUGGGAUGGGGCAACUGAGAGCUCUCGUGCUCCUCUAACUCAGCGCUCCCUUUAAUCUCUCUUUUCCUCUUUAUACCGAUGCUGUUUUAAAUUAGAAAUCGUAUUUCCCGUUACCGCAUGUGUUACGUGGCACCCGAAGACCAAAAAGAGUCGGCGUGCGAUUGAAUUUUGGUGGAAAAAGAGAUCGAAAUGUUUCCCACUGGAGCUGCUGGUGCUCCUGAGCCGAGUCAAGGACAUCAGUCCCCUGGGUCAGAUGUUUCUGCUCCCCUGUCUCCUAUACCACAAGAAUAUGUCUUCAAACCGCCUCAAAGGCCAGACUUUGGCACGAUGGGUAGGACAAUCAAGCUUCAGGCCAACUUUUUUGAAAUGGAAAUACCCAAGUUGGAGGUGUACCAUUAUGACGUUGACAUCAAGCCUGAGAAAUGCCCAAGGAGAGUUAACCGCGAAAUUGUUGAGCACAUGGUCCAGCACUUUAAGACCCAGAUCUUUGGAGAUCGAAAACCUGUGUAUGAUGGGAGGAAGAAUCUCUACACUGCCAUGCCUUUACCCAUUGGAAGAGACAAAGUGGAGUUGGAGGUCACAAUUCCAGGUGAGGGAAAAGACCGGAGCUUUAAAGUAGCUAUCAAGUGGGUGUCCUGUGUGAAUCUACAAUCUCUACAUGAAGCAUUGUCUGGACGACUGCCAAAUAUUCCCUUUGAGACCAUUCAGGCUCUGGAUGUUGUCAUGAGACAUUUGCCCUCUAUGAGGUACACCCCAGUUGGACGUUCAUUUUUCACUCCCUCCGAGGGUUGCUCCAACCCCCUAGGUGGAGGAAGAGAAGUUUGGUUUGGCUUUCACCAGUCUGUUCGACCAUCCCUCUGGAAAAUGAUGCUCAACAUUGAUGUGUCUGCCACUGCGUUCUACAAAGCUCAACCUGUGAUUGAGUUCAUGUGCGAGGUAUUGGAUUUUAAAAGCAUCGAAGAGCAACAGAAGCCCUUAACAGACUCCCAGAGAGUGAAGUUUACUAAGGAGAUUAAGGGCCUGAAGGUGGAGAUCACUCACUGUGGACAGAUGAAGAGGAAAUACAGGGUGUGUAAUGUGACCAGGAGACCAGCCAGCCAUCAGACGUUUCCCUUGCAGCAGGAGAAUGGACAGACCAUCGAAUGCACUGUAGCACAGUACUUCAAGGAUAAAUACAAACUGGUGCUGCGAUACCCACAUCUCCCAUGUUUACAAGUUGGCCAGGAGCAGAAGCACACCUACCUUCCCCUAGAGGUCUGUAACAUAGUAGCUGGACAAAGAUGCAUCAAGAAACUGACAGACAAUCAGACCUCAACUAUGAUACGUGCCACAGCCAGAUCUGCACCUGACCGUCAGGAUGAGAUAAGCAAACUGAUGAGAAGUGCCAACUUCAACACAGAUCCUUACGUGCGUGAGUUUGGAGUAAUGGUCAGAGACGAGAUGACUGAGGUCAACGGACGGGUUCUUCAGGCACCUUCAAUUCUCUAUGGAGGACGGAACAAAGCAAUAGCUACUCCAGUCCAGGGUGUGUGGGACAUGAGAAACAAGCAGUUCCACACAGGAAUUGAGAUCAAAGUGUGGGCCAUCGCCUGCUUUGCCCCACAGAGGCAGUGUACAGAACUCCUUCUGAAGGCAUUUACAGACCAGCUUCGUAAAAUCUCUCGUGAUGCUGGGAUGCCCAUUCAAGGCCAGCCAUGCUUUUGCAAAUACGCCCAGGGAGCAGACAGCGUGGAGCCCAUGUUCAAGCACCUCAAGUACACUUACCAGGGCUUACAGUUGGUGGUGGUCAUCCUACCUGGGAAGACCCCUGUUUAUGCUGAGGUAAAGCGUGUGGGCGACACUGUUCUUGGCAUGGCCACACAGUGUGUCCAGGUGAAGAAUGUCCAGAAGACCACCCCUCAGACCCUUUCCAACCUCUGCCUCAAGAUUAAUGUCAAACUGGGUGGUGUGAACAAUAUUCUUCUUCCACAGGGCAGGCCCUUAGUAUUUCAGCAGCCAGUCAUCUUUCUGGGUGCAGAUGUGACUCAUCCCCCGGCUGGAGAUGGCAAGAAACCUUCUAUUGCUGCUGUUGUGGGCAGUAUGGAUGCCCACCCGAGCCGAUACUGUGCCACGGUGCGAGUACAGCAGCACCGUCAGGACAUAAUUCAGGAUCUGGCCACCAUGGUGAGAGAGCUGCUCAUCCAGUUCUACAAAUCCACACGCUUCAAACCCACACGCAUCAUCUAUUACAGAGACGGCAUCUCUGAGGGGCAGUUCAACCAGGUUUUGCAGCACGAGCUGUUGGCAAUCCGCGAGGCCUGCAUCAAGCUGGAGAAAGAUUACCAGCCUGGCAUCACUUUUGUGGUUGUCCAAAAGAGACAUCACACCAGACUCUUCUGCAUGGACAGAAAUGAACGGGUCGGAAAGAGCGGCAACAUUCCUGCUGGCACCACAGUUGACACCAAAAUUACUCAUCCAUCGGAGUUUGACUUUUACCUUUGCAGUCAUGCCGGAAUUCAGGGAACCAGUAGGCCCUCCCACUAUCACGUGCUGUGGGACGACAACCAUUUCACCUCUGAUGAGCUGCAGGUCCUCACUUACCAGCUGUGCCACACCUACGUGCGCUGCACCCGCUCUGUCUCCAUUCCCGCACCAGCUUAUUAUGCCCACCUGGUGGCGUUCCGUGCACGCUACCACUUGGUCGACAAAGAACACGACAGCGCUGAGGGCAGCCACACAUCAGGUCAGAGUAACGGCAGAGAUCAAACGGCCCUAGCCAAAGCUGUUCAGAUCCACCAGGACACUCUUCGCACCAUGUACUUCGCCUGAACAUAGCCAGAAACAAGCCCUACAUCUUCUUUACAACACGGUCUGUGUGUGUGUGUGCGCGUUUUUGUGUGUGUGCCCUGUUUAUAUAAUGGGUACAAAUAGAAACAUAUGCCGUUAGGUUUCCAAAUGCCCAUGUAGAAAGUUCCCAACAUACUUUAAUAUCCUUUCAUGAAUUUUUAGGACGUAAGAUGUGAAAUCAAUCAUUUCUUUUUAUUUGGUUUGGUGGGCAAGGGUGUGUUAUUCUGUUGUACAUAUGCAUGUAAAAUUAGAGGUUAACAUGUUUACAUAGUCAAUCCAAAAAUGUAAACUAUUUUUAAAUUGAAAGUUACAUUUGCAUUGGGGGGGCGUGAGGUUCGGUUUUUAUAGCCAAGGCCGGUGAUGGAGACUAAGCAGCAGUAGUAUUUACAAACUCAUCAAACCAAUGGGUCAGGGUUAGUUAAGGACAAAACGGAUCAGGUUAAGCGAUUAUGGGGGAUGCGGUUUCCACACCUUAAUUAUUUAUCAGCAAAGCAAGUGCACUGACAAGAAGGGGACUUCAGGACAAAAGUACUUACCCUGUUUUGUUUCAUUUAUGUGUGCUAAUAUGAAUUUUAUCUUGGUGUCAUUUAAUGUUCAAGUCCGUGCUCAGUCAACCUACUGUACCUAUCCUUCACGAUCGAUUGGGCAUUAUCACAUGCUCGCAUUGGACACUUUUAACCAUUUAAAAGAAGUGCAGAAUCAAGUACAUUAUUAGGAUGGUGGAAUUGUGGUGACAAUCAGUAUUCUGGCUCUCCGUCACUCAUGUGAGACUGGUUCUCAUCCUCUGAGCCAGGAUUCUCUUUAAAUGGAUAUUUGUUCAUACGAGUCCUGUAAAGUACUAAUAUCUUUGGACUCUAAGCAUUUGGAUGAUGAGAUUAUCUUGUAUGUACAUUUUUAUUUGACUGCCGUGAGCAUUUUUCUUUUAAAUGUCCGCUGUGAUUGUAACAACUCAAAGGUUUCGGUGGAUCGGUACAUACGUUGCUUUUCAUUUUUUUCACAUCAGGUAACUCCUGGAUGGAAAAUGUGAUCAUAGUUCAAGCACCUGUUUUAAUUUCACAAUUCCCCACAUGAAAAAAGUGAGGCCAGUUUUGUCUUGGGAGAUUCCAGAGCCUUGUGAUCUAGAAGUUUGACUGUACUGUGCUGUGGGUUUGACAGAUUACUAAAGUCACCACACUCCAGCUAGCAACACAUGCUAUCAAAAGGACAGGGAGAGAAGAGGGAGGGUUCGGGGGAAAGUGUUUAAGAAUGAUACAGCUAUCAAUCGCAUUGUUCACUGAGACACGACGAGGUCGGAGUAAAAAUUCCUUACAAAUUUCAAACGCACCUUAGUUUUUUACUCCGAUACUUUCUCUACAGCCUAUAACAUGUAGGUUUCAAUGAGAAUAUUACUCUUUAUAAGACCAUUUGGGUGUUUUGUAAAGUCACGUGUUGGGCCAACAGGCAAGUGGUUGUUAGCUUUUUGUUGCUUAACUUAAGAGGAACAUUAAGUAGUGUAAAAAUUUAUCCAAACAUAGUUCAAAUCGAAGCGCAAUAUAUCGUUGUACGUCUUGGUAUACUGUUUUAGCGUGAACAGUUUUUGCCUUCUAAAGCAUAUCAUAAUGUGUAGUGAUUAUCUAUUGAGUGUUGUUAGUCGAUCAGCUGUAGAAUCCCCAUAUAAUGCUUCAACUUGAACAUUUGGGAAUUUUUAACCAUCUUUUUCUAACUAUGCAUUCUUAACCAAGAGAUUUUAGUGGAUUGUUUGUGUAUAUGAAUUUAGAACGUUUGUAAUGUAGUCAAGUUGGGUACUUUUAGUAGUGUAUAUAGUGCAAACCCUGUACCCGCUGUAGCAGUAUUAGCAUACAAAAUACUCUAUUUUUAAUACCAACAAUUGGAUGUUCUUUAUAUGGUUCUCAAUAAUUCCUGUUAGCCAAACAAGAUUACACACGUACUUGUAGUUAAUGUCCUACGGUAACUGAAGCACAAUGGGACAUAAUUGUAGGUGCUAGAGUCCUGAAACAUCCAUUUUGAAAAAUCUUGUUUAACCUCAACUUCUAAGCAAGAAUCUGGUCAGAAAUGUUCAUGGAUACGUUUGACUUUGGAUCUGCUGAAGUUUCUGACAUUUUGACCCUGAAAUGUUUUACUUGUCUUUUCGGCCAAUGCAAAACCUAACAGACUGUGUAUAAAGGGGCAUUGUAGUUUGUCUUCACAUACUUGAGUUAUGUUGUUAUUAUUUGGCGCUGUUCUCGCAACCCGUGAAAGUCGAUGCACUUUGAAGAGCAAUGGACACAGACACUUAGAUCUGGUGGAACGGAUACCUUCAUGUGGAACAUGAGUAUGUUUUCUGGGUGCAGUUGUGUUGAAAUGACUAGAUGUCCUACCUCUUGUUACCUGUUACUUGUGUUAUGGUAACAUUACCGCACUGGUCAUUUCUUCAUAAUUACACAAAUGGGAAAGUCUUAUUUAUGUCCCUCUGAAAGUUUCUUGAAUUUAGUGCUGUAGACCGAUUUUGCAACAUUAGCUCUAAAAUGGCAUUUUAUCCUUUUUCAUUGCUUCAGAGCCAUGCGGUAUUCAGCAUGGAUGAUUUAGCAUUGCCGUUGUUUUAUGGAAAGAGUUUAAGCUAUGUAUUUGAAGCUAACAGUGAGUGAUUUAAGGUUCAUGAUCCAAAAGUGUAUAAUAAGCGAAUAAGUGGCUUUAUGCUUUAAACAAAAAACCUUCUGCUAUAAAAACAUUGUAAAUGUGUGAAUUUUAAUUUGAUCUGUCAUUUUAAAUUGCUGUGCAUUGUUGCUAUAUCCUUGUACACAUUUGAAUUUGUCUUAGCUUUUCUGUUUUUCUUCGCUUUUGGUUAAAAUAAGUAUUUAUCAUUUGCCGUCAGGAGUCAUUGCUGGAACUACUAUAAAUAUUCCUUGGAAAAAAAUAUUUUCUUUUAGUAUAAACCUUUUCUCUUCAUCCUCAUGAACUGUUAGGUUACAGAUUUCUUUAAGUAUUUUACCCAUUUCAAUCAGCACCUUAGUUAAAGGUCUUCAACAUAUGCAAUUUCUCGAAUAUGAAAUAUGACAUGUUUUUGCACUAUCAAAAGAGAUGUUACAAAUUUGCAUGCUGAUGGAUAGAUUUUAAGGUUAGCGAGAUCUGAUCACCAUCCAUUUUUAGAAUGCAGAUGUAAGAAGGUCUUACACUAUGCAAAACUAGUUUUUCAUCAAGAGCAGUUUCAUUUUUAUGUAUUGUUAAUAAAAUUAGAAAUUGUCAGAUUGUAUGUAAAGUAUUUGCCAUAUACCAAUUUGGAGAAUUACUCGGAGUCUCAUUUCAUUUUUUGUCAUUGUUCUGAUUUAACAGAUUUGUACGGCUCAAUGUAAUGUCCAGAAAAUAUUUUUAUUAAAAUAAUUAAAUUCAAAUGUCUGUGCUUGCAUUUGAAGCAGAGGCUGAGGGUGGAGUUCAGAUUAUGGUGCUGAUUUUAUACAGACACUUUUUUAUAGCAUCUAAGUUUUAGCUCAUAGGAGGCACAUUAUGUGUUCUGAUUUGAGUCUGUGUCUCAGACAUUAUUGGACGUCUCUUUUGUCUUUUCUAGAGAAUUGUCUUUUGCUGUUUGAGUGAAGCUUGUAUAUUGCUUGGUCUAGUGUCUUUCCAUUGCUGUGUGGGGUUACAGUGUCCACAUGACUCCUUGCUUUACGUGGGGUUUAAUAUGUAAAACUAUGUCUGAAGACAAUAGCUUUUGCUGUUGGAUUUGUUACAUACUUGGAGUUUGGAUAAAAUCAGAUUGGAUUACCACAAUUGUAUUGUUAGUUAUACUAACAAUACAAUAACAGUUUCGAUGAGCCUGAUCUCAUCAAGAGCAUUUUACUUCACCUAUCAUCACUAGAUGAUGUCUUUUUAACCUUCAGAGAUGAUGUAUUUUUAGAACUUUGCACUAUGGCGUUCUGAAGCGGAAACGUAAACCUUUCGACAUCAGUGGUAGUUUUGUUACUGUACUCUUUGCUUUUUACUUUCUUCAGGUGGCUAGAUUAGAAAUGCGCUGCCUGGUGACAUGCUUAGACCCCAAGGACACAAAUAAACUGUUUGAAUGUACUUGAUAUGCUUGCAAACUGGUCGGCAGAUUCACAUCAUCAUUCACACUUUGUUUUAAACUUGCAAACUGAAAGCAGCAUUGACGCAUAAGACUAAAUGACCCAUAUUGUUUUUGUGGUAAAUUAUGUCAUCAUCGAUGGUUGCGAUGUAAUGGAUGAACGGAUAUAAAAUGGCAUAAACGCAUGGGCAGUUGAUUCUGAAUUCCCACUGGCUCAAAGAUCUUUGUAUCGCUGACAUUUGUGGUGCUGUACUGUAAUAAGUGUAUAAAAAUUGUGCCACAUGUUGCUUUUAUAUUUGCCAGAAUUUCUAGCUAAAGUUAAAACCCAAUGGGGAGCUAUAGUAAACGUCCAUGUUUAUAUUUCAACCCAAUAGGCCAAAUUCUUUUUUUACCAGCAAAUAUUUGUCAAUGUUCCGCUAAUCAUGACAUUGGUGCUCGUGUUCACCAAUUACACAAUUUGUGUUGUUACAGGUCAGUUGUCAGUCAGCUAGUUUGUUCAUUGGGCAUUACAGUAUACCAUUUUUUCCAUUUACAAAUUCCAUCAACAGAGCUCUCGUUGAAAAGUUUAACAUGACCAAACCGGUUGCAAAGUGUACAAAUAUCUGAAAGUAUUCUGUCAUAAGCACAGUACUGUUAGUUGUCAUUUUACAGGCUAAUACGUUAUUUAUUAAACUAUGAGCAAGCAUGUCAGAUGAAAAAAUGAUUUAUUGAGAGCAUCUUCAUAACCUGGCUUUUUAAACCAAGUUUUAAAACUACCUCAAAAUGGUGUCAGGUGCUAACAUUAAAUAUCCCUUAUACAUAUAUGUAUAUGUGCUCAUGGCAAAUAACAAUAAUUGUGACCAAACGACACAAGCCUAUACUGUUUGUAUUAAGUGUUUCGUUGUGUCUCAUUUUUAUAGAAAGUGUGUGGUGGAUCAACAUGAGGGAUGUUUCAGCAUUUAACAAAAAUGGCUGGGGACCAAAAUAUGACAAGUUUCCCUUUUUAAAAUGUAGUGAUAUAAAAUACUCAUCAGCUUUUAGAGGACUGUAAAGUUGCAGUUUGUCUUCAUGCGCUGGCCUUUGUUAUAUAUAUAUGGAUUCGGGCUGAGAUAAUUGCCAAACGAAAACAUAGAGGUUGAUGUCGUUUCUUCAGACUGGUUUCUAGACCAGGUCUAGAUCGGGAAUCGAUCUUUCGAUUUUUGUCAAUGUCAAUCCCAUGUCCAUCACAAGCAUUGUGCCAUAUCAUAGAUAACAUACCGGACAGGAAAUGUCUACCGACCACUGCUCUGUGUUUUAAUAUAUUUAGACCACAUUUUCCUAUGAAGCAGCUCAUCAACCUGUGUCAAAAGGCAAUCAUUGAGUUUUUAAUGUGCUACAGUUUAUACUUGAUUAUUCUACUUGAUUUAUAUCCAGUAUUGCAAUAAAGAGAGGUUUGGCACUCAUUAGAUCGGAUCUGGUUUAUGAACGUUCCACAGGAGGGGUGGGGUCAGGUCUUAGAUAAGCUAUUUGUAUUUAAACCUCUUCAUUUAAGAUUUUGGAGUGCUGACUAUUUGCAAUCGGUGCGUUUUUACGUUGCUACAUUUUAUGAAGGGAAUUCAGUUUUAAUUCAAUGUCUCUCAGACUCCGUUUAUGGAUGUUACAAUCCAUUCUGAUACACUGGCAUUUGAGUUUCGAGAUGCUUUGAUUUGAAUUAGUAUGGUACAAAGGAGGUUGUAUGGAAAUUAAAUGUAGAUUUUUUUUUUCAUUAGUAUUCUUCAAAACGUCCAGGGUGUUUUUUUUUUUUGUAAGCGUGCCUUUUCAAAUCAAUCCCGCCCCUAACCGAGGGACUGUCCUUUUAAUUUGAUGCUCAGCGCCACAUGAAAUAAUUUGUACAUUUAUCAUGCAACCUUGGGUGAAUGCUGCAAAGAAUGAUCAGUAUUUGUAUUUUGCACUUUCUAAGCAGUUUAAAGGAUGCCCUCUGUAAUUGGGCAAACAGACUAAGAAUAUUUAAGACGAGGUAUUUUCUGCUACAAUAGGAAUUCCAAGGAACCAUAUGACUUGUUGGUCUUUUCGAAAAUAAAGUGUAUAGAUGUGAAGUACCUCAAAAGCCUGAUAAAUGCUGCAUAAACUUCAUUUAUUGUUGUUUCGUGAACCUCAUCUUUCAGACAUUGCAAACAAUUUCCCCUGUAGGGAGGUUUGAUGGCCACACAAUGUUGUGCAAGCACCUUUGAAAUGAAUUACUGCAACAUUUUUUUAAAGCGAUUUCUACCACGUUUAGUUGAUGGGUGAUGAGUGUUUCGAUGGUGCACACUGUACAGAGAACGCAAUCCUGACAUUUUUAGUACAUCUUGAUUUACAGUCAUUCAUUGUAAUGAUACAAUAUUUCUGUUUCCAGGCAUAACUUUAGCAUUGGCCAGUUCAUCACAAUUAUUGGAUUUGUAGUGACGUCUUGUAGUCAAGUUCUGGUUGACUCAGGUAUUGCCAUUAAGGGCUGUAUCUGUCAAUGCCUCUUCCACAAAUUCCCUCACCUGUGUCUUAAUGUAGCCUUAGAACUGCAUUUAUGGAAAGAUCAUGAUGGAGAAUAUCUGGCCUUAAAAUAUGCACUAAUUACCACAACAUGCAAGUCACUACACAACAAGGCCAUACGUUUUUGCCAUAAUACUACCUCCUAGGAAUGUAGGAGUGUCCUGGAACAGCCAGAUGGUGUCUUUGUUUUUUCUAAUUAGUUCUCUGUAAACUGACAAUCAUCCAGUUUUUUUCUUAUGCCAUAGCAAAUUUUUAAUUCGUUCUCUGAAUUACAUAAUUCCGGGACACUCCAGUUUAUUUUAUAUGGUUUGAUUUGCCGUUUUAUUUUAUAUGGUUUGAUUUGCUUUUUUAUGUUUUUUUGUUUGCCAUGAAAGAGCCAAGCGACCAAAGUUUCUAUUCUAAGGUUUUCUUGCACUCGUGGCCUCAAACCUCCCUUUCACAUUAGCAAUUUUCUUCCGUUCAAUCUUGUGUUUGCUCCUUUAUAACAUGCCAAAUGAAUUUAGCUGUCAUAGUAUAGGCGUUGAUUUCUCACACAUGCUUUUUUUAUUCACUGCUAAGCUCCUUGUUGUUUCUUGUUAAUGUAAAGUGUGAGCUUUCAUUUUUUAACAAAUGUUACAAACCAAGAUAUGCUGUAAACCCUGCUAAGACAUAAUGUGAAAACGUAUCAUUUAAUAUAGCUCACUUUCGCUUGACUGUGUAUUGCAUCAUUUAAUAAAAUUAAUUUCAUCUGACUCUUGUAUGUUUAUUUGAUAUGCUAGAUCUCUGUUUAUUAGCAGUGAUGUUCUUGAACAUGCUCGUCUCUGCUAAUGUCUGGUUACCCUGCUGUUUUGCCCGAUUUUUUCCUCAUUCCUUUAGCCUGAGAUCAUGUAGGACUUUCAGAUCCCUCCACACUCAUGUUUUCCACACCGCUUAACAGCCAUCUGGUAAACACUGAUUUACUGGAUUCCUGCAAACACCGAAAAAUGUGACGUAAAGGCCCAAGUUGUGUUCUUGUUACCAAAACUACAGCCCAAAAUUGUGCUUAACAUUUGUGCAGUAAACAAUGAAAAGUGUAUGGACAUGAUAUUAUCAAGUGAAGGGAUUCAUUACGGUUUAAAGUAAACAAAGUGCGAUUGUAGAUGUGUAAGUAUAUUAAAAACCCGAAACUCUUGACAAAACGACGUCUAAAGAGAAAAAUACAUUCGCAUUAAUAAAGAAACAGAAACACACCUCGUAAAGUGACCGUGUUUCAAAACCUAACGCUCUGCCCUACCUAGGCACUUUGUGAUAGAAGCCCACGUUUUGACGCACGCCCCAUAAGUGCCGUUUAUAUAGAUGACUUGGGAGGUUUUGAGACACCGACACUUUUCCAAUUGAUUAAAGUGCUGGAACUCACAAAGUGUCAAACUACUUAUGAUCUUAUCUUCCUUCUUAUCUAACAUCAUUAUUUAAACAUGUUUUAUACCAUUAUACACGUUUAAACAAGCUACGAAUCUGACAAAGCUUUGUUACAGUGAGUCGUGCGCAUUGAAGCGCACAACUGCGAGUCAGAUUUUCCACAGAUCAUUUAUGAGAAGCACACGAACACACUUCAGACUGCAGGACUACAAAUCUCUGAGGAAAUAAUGACAUGGACUUGGUUGUCCUGGUGCCUUUUCCUGCUGGGCAGUGUGGUGACAGAACCCGAGCCGGAAAAUUCUGACUUGGACUGGGGCUCUGGUUUACAUGAGCUCCUGCACAGCUUUCCUGCAGAUAGUCCUUUUCUCACAGAGACGGCCGGCAGACCAGUCAACUGCACUCAACGCUUUUGGCUGCCUCCAUCCUCCCCAGUGUGCUGGGAUGAUAUAGCAGGCCCGGAGGAAUUCGAGAAGUCACGCCUUCUUGUGCUGCAGAACAGAGCAGCACUGCAGGCUGUGUCCACAGCUAGUGGUCUUGAGGAAGGAGGACUUUCUUUUGAUCUACAGGCUAGAGAGGAUGUGCAGGGCGUCCGGGUGGACCAUCUCGUCGUGGCUCAAACUGCCGAUACAAUGCAGAAAGUGUUCUUGGAUUUAGAUGAGAAGAGGAUGGGGGGAAAUAUACAUUCUUUCCUAAGUCUGAAGGAGCACCUUGAAAACACAAAAAACUCCAUUGCUAAGAGAGAGGACAUAGCAGCACUUCUGGAAAAACAUCUAGCAGUUCUAGAGAAGUCCUUGAACACCAUGCAGCUUCAACUUACCAAACUGUUACCCCAGUGAUUUAAUAUAAACAGGACUACUUAAUGUUAUGUGGAUAUGUGGAAUAAAACAAAAUUGCAUGA